AUGUCCUAUCAUACUAUUCAAGCUAAUAUUGGGUCUCGACUCACCGCAGUUGUAGCAUUGCUUCUGUGCUUCGGCACUGUGUUACAACUCUGGGGAAUAUCAAUAGCGGAGGCUAAAGGAGUGCAUGUCACAGUAGCAGCACCAUGGACAGAAACCCCAUUCCUCCAGGAAGGCUGUGAGUGGGCGGCAGUUCGUGAGAGUAAUCGUGAUGGAUUUUAUGAAUGCCUUCAAGAUGUAUGGCAUCACGUUGGGGCUCUAAAUAAUAAUAAUAAUAAUCAUAAUAAUAAUAAUAAUAGUAUUAGUAGUAUUGCUGGUGGAGCACUUACACUUACCCAAAAAUCUCAAUAUGAAAUGUUAUUUGAUAUAAUGGAACGUAAGAACCGUUCAUCGUAUCAAAUGGCACUUCUUAAAAUGAAACUUGCAGCGCGAGUGUACUCUCCUGCGGUAGAAGCUCACUGGGCAUUAGCACGAAUUGCCAUGCGUCUUGCAGAUGGAUGUUCAAUAGAAGGUAAACCCUUUGUAAUGAUAUUUGGUAAUGCCAUUUGCAAUGAACAUACUUUGGAAAAAAUGUUAAAAGAUCUUUCUCUAAGUUAUUCAAAGGACACCAAUAAAAGAGAAAAUAAUAAAGAAGUAGAGAAGGAAACAAUGAUGUUAUUUCCCAAGCUAGAUCACAUUCAUCCAGAAUCAAAAGGUCAACAUGUUGUGAUCCUCUACGGACUUGUUGGAGAACAACAAACCAUGCGAUUAUUUAAAAUUAUACAAUCUUAUUUACAUAUUGUACGCUUCGCCUUUCGUCAUCUUCCAGUCACUGGAGGGAUGUGGGAAAAUCCCCUUUUUGUUCAAGGUUAUGGAGUCACCGUAGAUUUAAAGAAUGUUGAAUACAAAGUAAUGGAUAAGAAGAGUAGUGAAACGGAGACUGAACAGCAGGAAAAUAAAUCAGAAGGGGAAGGAAGAGAUAUAGAACCUGUUGGUGGAUUUGAUCUAAAUAUAUUAAAACGACGAUACCCUAAUUUAACUAAACAGUUAAACAGCUUUGGAGAUUAUCUUGCUGAAAUGAUUGACAGAGAAGAAGUUAAGGUGGAUUUCCACAUGUGGGAAACACAACACAUGGGAGGUGCGGCAGUGAAACAAGUAAUGAACGCAGCAAAGGAAGAACGGUUGAAUGUAUUAUUAAAUAUACUCACAAACUUUCCACUACACGCAUCGAAAUUAUCCAAAAUGGGUUCCGCAACAGGUGGAGCGAUUGAUGGUGAAAUGCAACAAGUGAUGAUGCAGUUACUCUCUCUAGUGCAAGCUGGUAGUUCACUUGCUUUCCUUAAUGGACAACGUAUUAAUACUCCAGAGAUGGAUCUCUUUUCUAUAUUAGAAAAAAUAGAAGCGGAGGAUAAACUAUUGGAAUCACUAACACAAAUUCUUACAAGCUAUCAUUUACCUUCUCCCGAAACUGAUAAUGGGUUUCUUUCUGUUGAAUCUACAAAGAUGACGGGAUUACUUAAUGAUAUUACAGAAACCGUACAGAAUCGUAUUGCUUUAAAAGGAUUAGAUUUAAAAAGAGCGACAACACGUAUUUGGUUUCCACAAAAAUCUAUUUUAUGGAUUAACGAUAUUGAAAAGGAUUCAAAUUAUGAACAUUUAUCACUUGACCUUAAUACUAUUUUUGAAACGAGCUAUUCUGGUAUUCCACAAAUUCCAAAAAGGAAUCUUCUUAAUAUUGUAGGUAUUGUAGAUCCAACCACACCAGAGGGUCAUCAGGCUAUCAUUACAUUAAUGAAAAUAGUAGCUCAAGGACAACCACUACGUGCGGGAAUUGUAAUUGUGAAUCCACAUUGGCUUCCAGAGAUUCAUGUAUCUAUAGAUAAGAAGGAAGAUGAUGUGGAAAUCCCAGAAAAAUCUUCCCCUUCGAAAGCUAUUAUGAUGAUUGCAGCAACUUUGUGGGAAUUAUUAAGGGAAAAUACAGGCAAUGCACGAGAAGCGAUACAGUUUAUGGUGUAUUUAAGAGAAUAUGUUAUCAAUGGUCAAACUAUUAGUGAUUCGGAUAUAAACGUAGUAGCAGAAAGUAUUCUUUCAAUGGCAAAUAAACGUUCAUUACUUGAAAUUAUGGGUGAUAAAGAUUUUAACAAAUACUAUCAUGAAACUCAAGAAACAAUUUAUAAUCUACAUUUCAAAGAAUUUCCAACUAUUUUAAUAAAUGGAAAUAUGUUUUCAGGAGAUGUUCUCGCAGCUCUUGAGAAAGGUUUAAUGAUGGAAUUAAGUCAUAUUCGUGAUUUGGUAGGAGAAGAAAAAAUUAAAAAUACUGAUGUAGAUAUGUAUGAAUCUAUCAUGGAAUCUAGUGGAGCCAUACAUCGUUAUUUUCGAGAUCUUUAUGAAGAUCAAGUAUACGUUAAUUGGGCAUCUAAAUCAAUAAUAGAUUUUCUACAAUAUCGUUCAUUUUUAUUCCCUUUAUCGAAUACAAAGGAAGUACCCUUGUUGAGUACUGUGUUAAGGGUUCAGGCACCACUCAAAUCACGAGAUCUUCAAGCUAUCUUAAAAAUCACAGAAGAAUUGUAUGAAUGUAAAGAUAGAAGUGAGAAAUGCCGUUUUAUUCGCCAUACCUUUGCGAUUUGUGGUAUGUUAAAAGAUAAUAAACGACGUACUUUAGCAGUAGACUUGGAACGAUUAUUAAUAAAUGAAAAUAUUAAUGGUAAUAAUAAAGAUGGAUCACGUCGAUUGGAAUUUAUGCGAGAGUUCCUUCUUAAAGUAAUACCGAAAAGUGAUAAAAUAGAUAUGAAUAAUCCAGAUGUUUAUGAGAAAUUUUUGUCAACUGUACAUUUCUCUUCUGAUAUGGAAAAAGUACUUGCAAAUACUUCUCCCAAAUCAGAUAUACUAUUAAAAGAAGAAGAACAAGAAAAACUUGUAGAUGGAUUUUGUAAAGAUAUGAGGAAUUCACAUACAUUAUUAACAGGUGAAGUAGAAGAUAUAAAAUCUAUAUAUUAUUAUGUCAAUGGUCGCCGUUUUACUUAUAGUGAUGAUUAUACUCUUAAAGACCUUGAAGAUGCCGCUCUUCGUGAGCUUUCCUUUGCAGAGAUUGUAGGAGAAGUAAUAAAAGAUAUUCAUUUUGAAAAAAUACAUACGUAUCUACAAAAAAAUAAACCAAAUAAUGCAUUUUAUGCAUCCAAGAUAAGUGCUGUAUCUGCACUAUUAAAAGAAUAUUAUAUUCGAGUUGAUCUUCCUAAAGAAUAUCAACAUUUACCACCUGCUCCUGGACCAAUCUCAUUUGUAGUAAAUCCUAUAAGUGGAAAACAACCAAGACAUCGAUUUACUAUUAUACUGGAUCCUAUUUCUCAAAAGUCUCAAUUACUUGUAUCCCUUUGUGAUUACAUUGUUCAUUCUCCCAUUGAUGCUUCCUGUACUGUUUAUUUAAAUCCUUCUCAACAUUCUGGAAAACCGAUGCGAAAUUUUUACCAGUUUGUUGGUGAUGUAAAUGUAAACUUUGAUAAUACAGGACGAGUUAUUCCACCAGCUGCAAUUUUUCGUCGUUUACCAUCAAAACAUCUAUUAACGCUUGGAGUGGUAGAACCAGAAGGAUGGACAGUAUUUCCCAUGAAAGCUCAAUAUGAUCUUGAUAAUAUUAUUCUUUCCUCAUUACCACAGGCUUCACAGUAUCUUUAUGCCAUCUAUCGUAUUAACUCUAUUCUUAUUACGGGUAGUGCUAAAGAGUCUGGAGGCUCUACACCACCUCGUGGUUUACCACUUUUGAUUCGUUCCUUAAGAAAUAAUACUAAUACGAAUCGUAAUAGUGUUAAUAGUGCUAAUAGUAAUAGUGGUAGUCUUACUCGUGAUACACUUGUGAUGGCUAAUUUGGGUUAUUUUCAACUUCAGAGUACACCAGGUGUUUGGUAUCUUACUGUACAACCUGGAGCUUUUGCGAAAUCCUUUUACAUUUCUAAAGUUAAAGGAGUUCGAACAAAUUAUGUAGAAAAGAUAGAGUAUAAUGGUGUGUUUAACUUUUCAAAAGGACAAAGUAUCCCAAUUGUUGUUUCUUCUUUUACUGGAGAAUUUAUAAAACUAGAAGUUGCUAAAGUCCCAGGAGAGGGAAAUGUACAGAUUGGAGAUCUCGUAGAAGCAUCUGCAAUUCAUAUGGAAUGGCCACCGCGUGGUCCUCAAAAAACACGACCGGUACGACCAACAUUAAAUAUCUUUUCUGUAGCUUCCGGUCAUCUCUAUGAACGUUUUCUACGAAUGAUGAUUCACAGUGUAAUGAAGACUUCUUCAGAUGUACAUGGUGCUAAUACAACACGAAUAAAGUUUUGGCUUAUUGAGAAUUUCCUUUCUCCACAGUUUAAAGAAUUGGUACCAUUAUUAGCUGAACAUUAUGGAUUUGAUGUGGGAUUUGUUACUUAUCGUUGGCCAUGGUGGUUAAAUAAACAAACAGAAAAACAACGUACCAUUUGGGCAUAUAAAAUUCUCUUUUUGGAUGUUCUUUUUCCUUUAGAAGUGGAACGUAUUAUAUUUGUAGAUGCAGAUCAAACUGUACAGGCAGACUUGCAUGAAUUGUAUAAUAUGAAUAUUGGUAAUGCCCCAACAGCGUAUACACCAUUCUGUAGAAAACAUCCAAAUGAAGCUACUAAAAAUUUUCGUUUCUGGGAUCAAGGAUUUUGGUUAAGACAUUUAAAUGGAAAACCAUAUCAUAUUAGUGCUAUUUAUCUCGUAGAUGUGCGUCGCUUACGUGCGAUUGCUGGUGGUGAUAAAUACCGUUUAAUGUACAGUCAACUUAGUCGUGAUCCCAACAGUCUUGCCAAUCUUGAUCAGGAUUUGCCUAACUUUAUGCAGGAAGAAGUACCUAUUUACUCUUUGCCGGAGGAAUGGCUUUGGUGUGAGACCUGGUGUGGUGCCGAGAGUAAGGCACAGGCAAAGACAAUUGAUCUCUGUAAUAAUCCACUCACAAAGAUACCAAAGCUGGAGAAUGCAAAACUUAUUAUUAAAGGAUGGGAGGAGAUGGAUGCGGAGUUAGAGACACUAUCGGAGAAAUUACGACAAGAGCACCAUGCAAAGCAGCAGAGGAAAUGA